AUGAAUCAAAACGCGGUUAUGGGAGCCCAGCAGGGAAACCCCGUGGAGAACGCGCCUGGUGAUGAGGGUUGGUUUGACGAAAUGAAGAAUCUCGUCAAAGAAAUCGAUUUCGUGGAGCUGUCUACCAAGACGUAUGAGUGCUUUGUCGAGGUGCACCAGCAUUUUCAAGCAGCUGAUGCUCAGCGCUCAAGAAAUCUGGCCAAGACGGUGAAGUUCGAGGAAUCGAAGGCAAACGCGAAAAAGGCGAGGGAGAUGGCGCUGGUGAUUCGUCAUGUCCAAAUUGCGAUGCUCGACGAUUGGAUCAGUGCGAUCGACCUCGAUCUGGCCCGGCUGAACGAUGAGUACUUGGGCCUGCAAGAGAAUUGUGUGAAGCAUUACUACUUGUUCGAAGCCAUUCGCUUGCUGCUGGCGAAUCUGAUUGGGUAUAGGACCGAUGAUCCCGAGCAGGUUAACAUUAAGUUGGAGCUCUUCAAGUGUUCUGUGCUUGGCAUCCAGAUCACCGAGCAGGCAAGGAACACUCCCAUCGAACAUUUGGAUACGUCUGAU